CGGAACACUUCCUGUUGUGUACAGGAAAAAUAUGAUGGCGGCCACGUAAAGCAACGUUUUAUCUUGAUUCUGUUCUCUGAAGUUAGGUGGAGGGAACCAAAUAUUUCAGCCGCUUGAGACAAUAUGUUCCCCCUCCAUAACAUGGGAACAAAUGAAUCUCCCAGCUGCCUUCUUCUGGAUCGUCACUGUUCGUUCAGAAACAUGACUGAACCACGCAACCCCGGGAUGUCCUCCGUCCCCCAGAGCAACCCGUCCCACACGGAGUCCAGCUCCCAAGCCGUAGAGAUGGAUCCAGUGGAGUACACCCUGAGGAAGCGUCUGCCCCGGAAACUUCCCAAGAGGCGGAACGACGUCUACGUUAACAUGAAGACCGACUUCCGGGCCCAGCUGGCGCGCUGUCAGAAGCUGCUGGACGGUGGCGGUCACAGGGAGAUCUGCGUCCACGGGUUGGGCCUCGCCAUCAACAGAGCCAUCAACAUCGCCCUGCAGCUGCAGGCCAGCAGUCAGGGCGCUCUGCAGCUGGCGGCCAACACCUCCACAGUGGAGCUCAUCGACGACCUGGAGCCCGAAGAUCCCGACGAGGCGGGGGAGCCCAUGACACGUACACGCAAUAACUCAGCCAUUCAUAUCAAAGUUUUCUACCCUGAUCCCCAGUGACCUGAAGGUACUACCUGUUGUAUUUCUCUUGUGGUCUUGUUGAACAUUUUUUUGUUUGGACUCAUGGUUUGAAGAGCAGGAGAGCAUGUGUGUGUUUACAAGUGAAUCAUAUUAAAAUCCUUUUUUUUUUUUA